GUCUGAACGAUGGCUGGAUGUUGUGUGUCUGCGGAGGAGAAAGAGAACCAGAGGAUCAACGAGGAGAUCGAGAAGCAGCUGCGGAGAGACAAGAAGGACUCCCGCAGGGAGCUGAAGCUGCUGCUGUUAGGUACUGGAGAGAGUGGAAAGAGUACCUUUAUCAAACAAAUGAGGAUUAUCCACGGGGGAGGAUACACAGAUGAGGACAAGAGAAGCUACGCCAAACUGGUCUACCAGAACAUCUUCACGUCCAUGCAGGCCAUGAUCCGAGCCAUGGAGGCCCUUAGUAUAUCUUUCAAGGACCCCCAGAACCAGGACCAUGCAAACUCAGUGCUGGACGUGGAGGUGGAUAAGGUGGAGGAGUUUGAUCAAAGCCUGGCGGCGGCUGUCAGGCGUCUGUGGGACGACGGAGGAAUACAGGAGAGCUACGACCGACGCAGAGAAUACCAGCUGUCUGACUCCACCAAAUACUAUCUUAGUGACCUGGACCGGAUUUCACAACCCUCUUAUAUACCUGACCUGCAGGAUAUCCUCAGAGUCAGAGUGCCAACCACGGGUAUCAUCGAAUACCCCUUUGACAUGGAGAAUGUCAUCUUCAGGAUGGUGGAUGUUGGGGGUCAGAGGUCAGAGAGGAGGAAGUGGAUCCACUGCUUUGAGAACGUCACGUCCAUCAUCUUCCUUGUGGCGCUCAGCGAGUACGACCAGGUCCUGGCAGAGUGUGAUAACGAGAACCGUAUGGAGGAGAGCAAGGCCCUGUUCAAAACCAUCAUCACAUACCCCUGGUUCCAGCGCUCCUCUGUCAUUCUUUUCCUCAACAAGACUGACAUCCUCAAGGAGAAGAUCCUGCACUCUCAUGUAGCCACAUACUUCCCUGAAUUCACAGGACCUCAGGGGGAUCCGGAGGCAGCUCAAGAAUUCAUCCUGAAAAUGUACCAAGAACAAAACCCUGACAAGGACAAGCAGCUGUACCCUCAUUUCACCUGCGCCACGGACACAGAAAACAUCCGCUUCGUCUUCGCGGCCGUCAAAGAUACCAUCCUCAGACACAACCUGAAGGAGUUCAAUCUGGUGUAAAGAGGAGUACAAUGACAGACACAAGGAGAGCCCAGAUAUGAGAAUUAAGUGAAAAACAAAACUUUACAGUGCUUCUUCUUGGCUGUCUAGAAAGAGAACCAGCAGAUCCACUGACAAAAUGUACUGUUUCUUUUAUCCAAAAGGUUCAAAUAUUUUCAUAUUUUGUGCGUGUAAAAACCAGCUAAAGAGAAUAUGAACAUGUAACGGAUAAACCCAAACUGCUGUUCCUGUUUUUAUGUAUUGUGUGUUAUGUAGUUUCUAUUACAGCCUUUAUAGCAAUGUACUGAAAGAAAAUAUAGGAAUGUGAAAAUAAGUGUGAAGUUAUGUCAUAUUGACCAAUUGUGUGAGGUAGGAAUUUCAUUUAUUUUCAAAACAGCUAUCAGGAAAAGGAUCCAAGUAUACCAUUUCUUCUCAUGCAAUAGCUGCAAGGGUCCCUUCAGUCCUGAGUUUUGUGAUUUAUUAUUGUAAAGAUUUCUUUCUAACACUGAGCCACCUGUGUGUGCUUCUGCCUGCAAGUGCGUUAUUUACUCAGGACAGUCAGCACGAGUUGAGAUGUAAAUAAUGCAAGUUGUGGUUUUGAAAACUCUACUCAGCUGUUUCUCCUCAGGAGAAAUGGAAAUUAUAUUUAUGGUAAUUUUCAAUAAACAAUUAU